AUGUGCCGCGUCGUACUGCUCAACCAGACCCAGUACUUCAACCAUCAGUUGGGAGCGGGGCUCCCAAGUAUCCCAGGACGGGGGAUAGCCGCGCCACCGGACGAGAUAACUCGUCCGACGUCCGUUCACGUCGCGGUGGUUCAACAGCUGCUCAACUAG